CCAUGUCUUAAACUUGUUGUCCUUCAUUAGCGCUAUCUGGUGGCUACUCGAGCAAACGAAGCACAUAGCAAUUUUCUAAUAUAUCAUAUUUGUUGAUUCGGUAUUUGCAUACGGUGUUUUGUGUGUAUGUACAUGUUCUUAUUUCUGUUGUUAUGGGAGAAUGAAUGCAUAUAAGAGCCGUAAAUUAUUAUAUGAAUGUAAUUUACGUUAGCUAAUGUUACUGCAGCUGAUUGUUACUGAUUUGUUCAAAAAUUACUUCUGUUAUCCGAAACUUUUUUUUAACCGUCCUGCCUUACUUUUGUGUAGCAUAAAAUAUGGAGAAAGAAGAAAAAGCUCUUGAAGUUGUUUCUGAUGCUCUUAUCAAUAGGGCUCAAGAUUUAAAAAAUACUAUUUCUUCCUUUAUUAUGAAGCUUGAAACUGAGUCAUUAAGUUGGCCUCAUGUCUUGGACAAUUUUGCCUUGAUAUCUGGCCAAGUUAAUACUCUCUUGAAGAUACUCAGGAACGAAAAAACCCCUUUGCUUCGAAACAGAGUACUGUUACCACUUUUAUUAUCGCCAGACAGAGACGAAGAACUAGUAAAAUUAACAGAAAAUAGAGUGCAAGCAUUUAAUCACGAAAUUGUCCCAGAUUAUUUACGAACCAAGCCGGAUCCGGAGAUUGAGGCUAGAGAACAGCAGUAUAUAUUAAAAUGUAAUACAAUGCCUAUGGACAUGGCUCAGAAACAAAUAACAGCCAUAAAUAAGAUUGUGAAUAAUAUUUUGGAUACUGUGAAAGCUAACAGAGAUGCCUGGGAAAAUGAUUCAGGCCAACGGGCUAGUGCAACACAAACUUCGUCACUUGCAGAUACUACUGCAUUGAUAUUAGCUAUUAACUGUGGUAAAGGUUUGAAACCCCCUUCUGGAUCUCCUAAAGGUCAACCAUCCAAUCCUCAACCUCAGCCACAACAGCCUAGUCGUCCAGCAUCUGGUGGAAAAGUUCCUAGUGCUAUUAAAACUAACAUCAAGUCUGCAGGAAGUAUGCAUCCUUAUGGAAGGUGAAAUUUGUACAGUUAUUUUGUAAAUGUAUUUAAAUAAAACAGUGAUUUUACUAUGGUGA